GGUCUAUAGGACUUUGUAGUGCACUCCAUUUGACCAGGGUCUAUAGGACUUUGUAGUGCACUAUAUAAGGACUAGGGAUGCCUCCUUGAUGUUUUCAAACCUAUUCCAGGAAACAGUUUUUAAUCUUAUUAAAUCUCCUGUCUACUGCACAUCUCUGAGCAGUUUAACACAAUACUCUAAGCACACUUAAUAAAUAUUUAGAUUGCCGUUGGCAAAUAGGUGGAUAAUCCCUCAUUCAAAUGGCAACCUAUAUUCCCUUAAUAAUAGGGCACUCACUACCUUUGACCAGGACCCAUGUGGGAAAUAGGGACCCAUUUCAUAAUAGUGGUGUAACCCCCCUAUUAAUCUUCCUCUACUCCGUCAUUGGUUCUCAGCGUUCGCACUGAAGCGCAGAAGACGUUUCAAUCGCAUUGGCAUGACGUCAACAACAAAAAAAAGGGCUAAAAUAUCACAAAUCAGCAUUUUCAUUAUGACUAAACCAUUUCAGUGUUUUACUCUGGGUGUUUUUCUCUUUAGGUUCACUUUGCAUAAUUUCCGUUGUCAAUGGAAACUAUUUUACCAGAAUAAUGAACAGUACACCUGAAUUGGUGGUUUGCUAUUACUGGUAGUGUAGCACGUAUGUGCUUUCUAUGUCGUUGAUCAUCGCAAAAAAAUCUCUGACUCUUUCCGAAAGACUUGGCAAUAUAAAAGUCAGAAGAUUUUUUUUUUUUUUUGGAGGUACACUUCUUCUCAUCAUCAUCAUGAGUCUCAACCUGUUGACAUUUCUCUGUCUCGGUCUUUACCUCCCAGUGUGGAAUGCCCUGAAGGUUUCCCAGCCGUACCGUGUGGUGAGUCAUCGUGGUGAGGUGGAGUUGUUCUGCUCCUACCACCACACGGGGAGACAUGAACCGGAGGAGCUAAGGGUCACUCUGCAUCGGGGGAUGUACGGGGAGCAGGAAGAACAGAAAGUGUGCACCUCCUCCUUCACCAACAAAAAUACAGCCUUCCAGACGGAGGGAGAGGGAGAGACGACGGUGACUUGUCGAGGCCAGUUAGGACCAGGCAAGGUGAACCUGACUAUUUCUGGUCUCCGGGGUAACGACACCGACCUGUACCGCUGUGCCAUAGAAGUCCUGUACCCUCCGCCGUACCUCAGGACGUUUGGGAAUGGCACCCUUCUCUAUAUAACAGAGGAACCAGGGUGCUUUACCCCAGAGGCCCAGAGAAGAGAUGAUAUAACAGGAGAAACAUCAGUCAGACUACCCUUAGCAGGAAUGACCGCUGCCACCAUAUUAAUAGUAAUCUCUGCAAUUGCUAUCCUCCUCGUUCAUCAGGUUCUGCAGAGGAAGAGAAGAUUUGAAGCAAUAAUACCAAUGACAUCACAGAAUGACGGAAGAUUUGAUUAUGGUAACUUCCAAUGAAGAAUUUUUUUGGGGAGAAAUGUAUUAUUAUUUUUUAAUCCAUUCUAUAUGUUUCAUUGUGUUGUAAUAUAAAGAAAUUGCAGACUAGUAAAAUCAAGUCUACGACUAGCCUCGAAUAAAUUGUUUUGUUUUUGAUCAAUCA